AACUCCUUUUUUCAAUUUUAGAAAUUUAGGAAACCGAGGCAAAAAUUAUUCUUAUUAAUUAACUGAAGUUUUUAAAAAUGAAAUUUCGAAUUUAGAGGGAGAAGAAUAGAAGAGAAGCAAAGUGGAGAGAAGAAGAAAUGACAGUAGCAGUAGAUUUGAAUUGAAACCUACGGUUCUGUUCGCUUUUUUUUUUUUUUUUUAUCAGAGGGAAAGUGAGAGAGAAGAUAGAAGAUUUAGCCAGGGACGGAGGUGUCAGGGUACUUGCCGUGAAAAUUGGGAUUCUUAGGUAUAUACAGAGGGGAGUUAAGAGUUGAGAGGUUAGGGUUGGUGUUUUGGUGUGAAGAUGACAGAGGUUAUACUGCAUAUAUAUGACGUGACGAAUAGUGGAUCGGAGAAGACGAACAGCACCAUUGUUCAGAUCAACAAAAUCUUCAAGGACGGUAUUGGCCUCGGUGGAAUCUUUCACAGCGCUGUUCAGGUAUAUGGAGAAGAUGAAUGGUCUUUUGGGUUCUGUGAACAAGGAACUGGAGUUUUUAGUUGCCCUUCUGGAAAGAAUCCAAUGUAUACAUAUCGUGAAUGCAUUGUCCUGGGGAGUACAAACUGUUCAAUCUUCAAGGUCAAUCAGAUCUUGCGGGAACUUAGUAGAGAGUGGCCUGGAAGUUCUUAUGAUUUGUUAGCCAAAAACUGCAACCACUUCUGUGAUGAGUUCUGUGAAAGACUUGGGGUGCCAAAGCUUCCAGGUUGGGUUAAUCGUUUUGCAAAUGCUGGUGAUGCUGCUAUGGAAGUAGCAGGAAAUACAGCAUUACGGUUUAGACAGGCAAAAACAGAGAUUGUAUCAGCUAGCAAAGUGGCUUAUCGUUUUCUUUUGGGUGUGACUUCCAACGUUGGCAGCAUUGCUUCUGAUUCUCCCAGCAAUUCAAAUAGAGGGAGCCCUGGAUUUCAGGCUACUUGGUUUAAAAACCUCAUCACGACAGGUGCCAAACCAUCUACUAGUACAGAGAUUGAGAACCAGAAUGAGAAUGAUGAUCUACAUCGGCAACAAAGGCGUCAAGAUGCAGAACUGUUGCUGCAACAGAAUUCACGGCACAAUGUAUGAGGGUAUAUUUUCAAAAUAUGCAUCUUCAACAUCCAAAUGAGUUGAAACCAUGAAAAAGGUAUUCAACGAGUUAUUUGUUGUGUAUCAAUGUAAAAUUUUCCAUUUAUCUUCCCAACCAAAAUGUGUGCUAUGAUGUCCAUAAGAACUAAUAUGAGCUUAUAAAUUGUCAAUUAAUAUUUGGGUUAGCUUGCACCUUUUUGUAGGCCAAGAUGGAGUGUUAUUUUUCUUCA